AUGGCCCACCACGAAGCCUACCAUGACCCGCAGCAUCGCGCCAUACACCUCAAGGAGGUCGACGCGCUCGAGACAGAGGAGCUGGGGGUCCCGCCAGACUCACCGACCCCCGUACCGACGGUGUGCGGCCUGCCGCUCAAAUACGUCUCGCUCGUGACUCUGGCAGUCCAAAAUGCCCUCCUGACGCUCAUAAUGCACUAUUCGCGCGUCUCCGCCGCGCCCUCAGAGACAUAUUCGGCAGCUGCAGCCGUCCUCAUGACCGAGCUGCUCAAGGGUUCGAUAUCGCUCCUCGUCGCCUUCUCCCGACUAGACUCCUCAGGCAGCUCAUCCUCCUCAUUAUGGAACCCGCGCACGCUCUUCUACCGCUUCAGACGGCUUGGCAAGGAGGUCUUCCGCCCGGAUUGCUGGAAGCUAUCUAUCCCCGCUAUCCUAUACGUCAUCCAAAAUAAUCUCCAAUUUGUGGCGGUGUCGAACCUGGAAGCCGCGACCUUCCAGGUAAGCUACCAGAUGAAGAUCCUCACUACCGCGGCCUUCUCUGUCGUGCUUCUCCGCAGGAAGCUCAGCCCGACUAAAUGGCUUGCCCUUCUCUUCCUCGCCAUUGGCGUCGGCAUUGUCCAGAUCCAGGGUGGCAGCUCGAACAAAGCAGAGUCCGCCUCGCACGAGAUGAACCCCCUCAAGGGUUUCAUGGCCGUCGUCGCGGCUUGCUUCACGUCAGGACUCGCCGGAGUGUAUUUCGAGAUGGUGUUGAAGAAUUCGCCUGGGGAUCUAUGGGUACGCAACGUCCAGCUGUCCCUGUUCUCCCUUCUCCCCGCACUACUCCCGAUCAUUGUGUCACGGAACGUUCCAACCGCACCUGGUGCACCCGUCGUGAGCCUGCAGCUGUUCGCGAACUUCGGUCUGUGGGCAUGGGCAACUGUGGCUGUUCAAGUCCUCGGCGGCCUGCUCACCGCGCUCGUGAUCAAGUAUGCGGACAACAUUCUGAAGGGCUUCGCGACCAGUCUGAGCAUCGUCAUCUCCUUCCUCGCAUCGGUCGCUCUGUUCAACUUCCGCAUGUCCCUCACGUUCAUCCUCGGUUCGACGGUCGUUCUCGUUGCGACAUGGAUGUACAACCAGCCCGAC